AUGUCGAGUCGAGGAGGUAAGAAGAAGCUGACUAAGACGUCACGCUCUACCAAGGCGGGCGUCAUCUUCCCAGUGGGCCGCAUGCUGCGUUACAUCAAGCGCGGCCUGCCUAAGUACCGCAUUGGAGUGGGUGCACCCGUUUACCUGGCGGCUGUUUUGGAGUACCUUACGGCUGAGAUUCUGGAGUUGGCGGGCAACGCGGCCCGAGACAACAAGAAGGGUCGCGUCACGCCACGACACAUCCUGCUCGCCAUUGCCAACGACGAGGAACUCAACCAGCUUCUAAAAGGCGUGACCAUCGCAGCGGGUGGCGUCCUGCCCAACAUUCAUCCCGAGCUCCUGGCUAAGAAGCGGGGCGCCAAAGGCAAGCUGGAGACGCCCCUCUCGCCCGCCCCGGAGAAGAAAGCCAAACCGGCCAAGAAGCCGGCGAGCAAGAAGAUGAGCGGCAAGAAAGGAGCGGCUGGCAAGGCCAAGGUAUUAGCAGGCAAAGCGGGCGAGGCCAGCAAGACGGCGUCUGCCGAUAGCACCACCGAGGGCUCGCCGGCGGGCAGCUUCACCGUGCUCUCCACUAAAAGCCUCUUCCUAGGUCAAAAACUCAACCUUAUCCACAGCGAGGUCAGCAACUUGGCUGGCUUUGACGUGGAGGGGGUCAUCAACCCCACCAACGGCGAACUUGACCUAAAAGACGACCUAGGUUCUGCCCUGGAAAAGAAAGGCGGCAAGGAGUUAGCUGAAGCGGUGCUGGAGAUGAAGAAAAAGAAUGGACCGCUGGAUGUGGCAGGAGCGGUGUUAACUGCCGGCUUCGGCCUUCCCGCCAAGUAUGUCAUCCACUGUAACAGUCCGGCGUGGGGCUCGGACAAGUGCGAGGAGAUGCUGGAAAAGACUGUGAAGAAUUGCCUGGCUCUGGCCGAUGAGAAGAAACUUAAGUCGGUUGCAUUCCCGUCGAUCGGGAGCGGAAGGAACGGCUUUCCGAAGCAGACGGCGGCCCAGGUGAUCCUGAAGGCCAUCUCCAGCUACUUCGUGGCCACCAUGUCAUCCAGCAUCAAGACGGUUUACUUCGUGCUGUUCGACAGCGAGAGCAUCGGCAUCUACGUGCAGGAAAUGGCCAAACUGGAGGGCAGUUAG